UGUAGGGUCGAGCUAUCCAAGAGGUGUGAUCAGUUAUGAUCACAUCGGCCGUAUUUGUGUUUAGUGAUACUGUCUGAUCGGUACCGUAAUUGCGUAAUCGAAUCAUACGAAACUGCCGGCGAUUUCGUUUUGACCCACGCUCUAACUCUUUCUUAAUUCUUGCUGUGCGGAUUUUAAUUUUUGGUGAUUUUUUUUAAAUUUCCUUCAUAUGAACAUUUUCGCCGUCAGUUGCCACAUCGAAAACAUAGGGAAAUAUCAAGAAACCGUUACUCAUCAGUCAUCACUCAGUCCGACCAAAACUGAAAAAGGAGGUUGUCCGCAGCCGCAGGCUCAUUCAUGCCAUUUCUCGACUAUCCACUCCCAUAUCCAUCCCGGGAUCUACUCGCAGUAAGGUACCGGUAGUUACCGGCGGUCUACUUGAGCAGCCGUGAGUGAGUGAGUGGGAGAGGCCUAGUGCAUGUGGCCUAUGUCAUAUGAUACAUUUUCCAAGAACAACUCUUCGGUGUUUAACUACAAUGGCGGAAAAUUUGCCAUAUUUCACACAAGGCCGUGUCAUCAAAGGGUUUGGAAGAGGAAGCAAGGAACUUGGGAUUCCAACUGCUAAUUUUCCAGAAGAUGUUGUGGAGAAACUGCCUGCUGCUUUAACCACCGGGGUCUAUUAUGGCUGGGCUUGUGUAGAUGACGGAGAGGUGCACAAGAUGGUGAUGAGUAUCGGUUGGAAUCCAUAUUACAAAAAUGAAAAGAAAUCUAUGGAAACACAUAUAAUGCACACCUUUAAAGAUGACUUUUACGACUCAAUCCUGAAAGUUGGCAUCCUCGGUUUUAUGAGACCUGAAAAGAAUUACCCUUGUCUUGAUUCAUUGAUAGCAGCUAUCAAGCAGGACAUUGCAGAUGCUGAUAUGAAACUGUCACAGCCCGAUGCACUUAAGUACAAAAACGACAACUUCUUCAGGGACCCGUCUUCACAAUUAUGACAGUGAAUUAUACAUGUAGAAUAUAUUUUAGUUUACAAGAGAUUAAUUUUUUAUAGUACACAUAGAUAUAUUCUAAGUAUGUAUGUUUGUGCAACAUAGUUUUGUUUAUAUACAAAACCUUGGGGGUUUGUACUAUUUUUACCUGAUUUGGAUAGGCACAUGAUAUGUAAUCUGGCCAGAUGAUAUAUUGUAUUUAUGCUUUAAGAAGGUGAAUAAAAAAUGGACACCUGUCAACUACAUAUUUAGAAAUGGGUGAAUAUGGAAAUAAGUUAACCUUUGAAUUUAACAGUGGAAAAAAGGGGGGGGGGGUUAUGUUCUCUGUUUUUUUUUAAAGUAAGGCUAAAUUGUGAUUACAAGUUAAAAAGAAACUGCAUUUUGUAAUUGCAUGUCAGACCCCCUAACUUCUAGAUAAACUAUUUCAUUUAAAAAUGCAAUACAAAUACCUUUUUUACCCAAAGUAAAAAUCUUUUUCAGUAUGUUUAAUUUACAAAUUAUAGACACUUAAUACUUGUUUUAUGAUUAGAGUAGUGACCCCAAGAAUUUUCAUUAAAAAAAUAUUUUUUUUUUGGAAAGGAAGUAAAAAGCAAUUAGUAGAUUACAUGUACGUUUCAUUGCAAUCAAUUAAACAUUUGAGAUCUGAGGCAAAAAUUAUCCCCCUCCCCUAGGUACAUGCAAUUAUGAAAUAGUCUGUGCUGUAAAAGCAUUGUCCCAAGGUGUAUUACAUUCAGUGGUGCAUUCCCCGGGAUGCAUUGCAAUUACUCAACAUGAAACUACUGUCUGUCACCUACAAAUCACUAAACAUUCAGCUGGCAUGUUAUUUUUCAACUGAAAUAAUCAUUGUAUUCUUCGAAGCAAAAUAAAAAAAACGGGAAGAGAACAUUUUUUUUAUAUGUACAAUUCCUAAGAUGGAUGUUGGCCAGUGAAUGGUUGACAAAUUAUAGUUUUUCAAACCAUUUAAGCAGGGUGCUACAUAAGCACUUGCCCGAUUGCCCGGGGAAAGUAAAA